GGAGCAUAGAUUAAGUUGCAACUGUUUACUUCCGGGUUAGUGGAACAGAUCGCCGCGCGCUAAAUUCAAGUUUUUUUAGUUGGGUGUCAGAAUGGAUGGUGACAGAAUGGAGGUUGUUGGCGAGUCCCCUGAAAACGGCAAUGGCAUCAGCAAUAAAACCCUCCAUGUGGAAGUUCAUGUGAAGUCGAGCAGUACUGCAAAGAGAGCUGACAUAAGACAGCACGCGCUUGGACUGCUGAAUCGGCACCGCAUGGUAUUUGGGAACUACAAGUGGACUGAGUUUGAUGAAGACAUCCUGAGCAGGAACGUGGAGUCAGUAGCCAUCGUUGAUGCAAAGAGAGAGCCAAUUGAUUUGAAGAAUUACAAUCUGUCUAUGCACCUUUUCUCCCUGAGUGAAGAUGGGCCCAGCAUGCUCAACUUGGAGGAGGAGGAGGAGCUGUCUGCAGCCAAUUCCUGGCUUCUACCAGCAGCUGAGUUCCAUGGCAUCUGGGAGAGCCUGAUCUACGACAGUGGAGUUAAAACUCAACUUCUGGAUUAUGUCUCUACAACGAUUUUCUUCUCCGACAAAAAUGUUGACUCUAACCUCAUUGCAUGGAACAGAGUGGUUUUACUUCAUGGACCCCCAGGCACUGGGAAGACGUCACUGUGCAAAGCGCUCGCCCAGAAACUCUCCAUCAGACUGUCAAACAGGUACUCCUACGGGCAGUUUGUGGAGAUAAACAGCCACAGUCUUUUCUCCAAAUGGUUCUCAGAGAGCGGGAAACUCGUCACCAAGAUGUUCCAGAAAAUUCAGCAGUUGAUUGAUGACAAAGAAGCCCUUGUUUUUGUUUUGAUCGACGAGGUGGAGAGUUUGACGGCGGCCCGUAAUGCGUCUCAGGCCGGCACAGAGCCUUCUGAUGCCAUCCGCGUGGUCAACUCAGUCCUCACACAGCUAGACCAGAUCAAACGGCAUCCAAAUGUGGUGAUCCUCACAACCUCCAAUGUAACAGGGAAAAUUGACCUGGCCUUUAUUGAUCGUGCAGAUAUCAAACAGUACAUUGGUCCUCCAUCAGUAGAGGGCAUCUUUAACAUCUAUCUGUCCUGCCUGGAGGAGCUCAUGAAGUGUCAAAUCAUCUACCCGCGGCAGCAGCUGCUCACCAUGUCUGAGCUGCAGACCAUGGACUUCAAGGAGAGCAACGUGUCCCAGCUCAGCCUGGCCCUCAGGAACACAGCCAUAAAGAGCAAAGGACUCAGUGGCAGGGCGCUAAGGAAACUUCCCUUUUUGACUCAUGCCCUCUUUGUGAAGGCACCCAGUGUCUCCCUGGAAGGAUUCCUGAAGGCCCUGGACAAGGGUGUGGACAAACAGUUAGAGGAGCGAGCACACCUGGCCAACAGUGUAUGACACAAACACACACACACACACACACACACACACUGGGCUUGCCUACAGGAUCCAUACAGCUCAUCAGAAAACCACUGUAAACAGUUUGGUGGGCUUUCUUUUUUUUUCUUCAAUAACCCAUUAAUAACUGCCGUGUAACCUCCACAUACACUGACCUAACAUCUGAACUCUCCAGGCACUUGUCUUGGCUCAGAUUUGUGUAAUGGCAGUUCUAUGCAGUUUACAUGAAUGUAUUGUAUUGAGCCCAACAACAGUGCAGUAGGUUGCUUGACUACUUAUGAUGGGAUGGACAGUAUCAACUAAAUUACCAACAUAAGAGUCUCCUUUCUUCUCUUAUUCUAAAGAGCCUCCUUUCUUCUCUUAUUUCUCUCCUUCGCUCUCCUGCUUGUUCGUACAAUCCUACAAGUAUAUGUUUGUUUAAUCCUACAAGUAUAUGUUUGUUUAAUCCUACAAGUAUAUGUUCGUAUAAUCCUACAAGUAUAUGUUCGUAUAAUCCUACAAGUAUGUAUACCAUCUUCCAAAUAUCAGUGUUGAAAGCAAACAAAGUUUGCUCAGGUGAUGUUUGUUUUUUUUAACAGUCAUAUGUUUGUGUACAGGAUAUAAAGGGGCAGCAGCUUCAGCCAAACAAUAUUAUUACAUGUGAACUCAGGAUUCAGGCUUUUGUUGUCUGGAACGGUUUGUUUUUUUGUUUACCUAACAUUGGAUUACAUUUUCAUUAAAAAAAAGUUUAUUUUAA